AUGGGCGCGCUGUUCAACGCAGCGCUCAACGGCAGCAAUGACACUCAGCAAGCAGAGACAACCAUUAAACAACCAAACAAAGGAAAACAACCUCAAAAGAGCGAGCAGUACCAUCCCGUCCCCUCGACCUCGCAUCACUCCCAUCAUCUUCCGUCCAACCAUCACAGGUCAAAUGUGAAUGUGUUUUCUCGACCGCAGUACGAUUGGCACCCAGCCCCGCAUCAAGCUCCAUCAGCAGCGGAGAAGGAAAUGCAAGAAUUUCAGGCCGCAAAGUUGAGACUCGAACAGGCCAAGUUGAUCAGCCAGACCUUUUCCCACAUCAACAAUCGUUGGAAGACCAAAAAAACUCUGCGUGCCGAUGGGACGUAUUUUUUCCAGUGGACCAGGGAACUGCGGGAGAUCGGCACUUCUCACCUGUCCGAUCCCGAGUUCUUUUUCGCCGACUGUGACAACUCCACUUUCGAGAAGAUUGGACGGCUCGUAAUUUUUGCAGGAGUUCAUCAAGAUCUGGUCCCAGACAUCCAACCUCUAAAGAAGACUUCCAACAUAUUCAAUCUCUUGAAGAAGAAAUUUUUGGCAAACUCCAGGGCGGCACAGAUGAACUUAUGGCGCCGUUUGAGUGGAAUAACGAUCAAGCACUCCGAGCCGUCGACCGGGGUAGUGUCGCAAAUCUGA